CCAUGCUUGAACAUUUGACCGACAUCAUGAAGCCAAAGCCCGAGAUGGUAGACUUGUGGUCCAAUUCGGAUAUCUCCUUGAAACGUCAUGGAGAUGAUCAGGAACCAGGUUUGCCGCUCAAAAAAGUGAGAACUGAGUGUCGUCAGAGACGCAAGUCUGUGCAUUUUGUAGACGCUGCACUUGAGGAGGUUUUUAUCAUCCCUGCCAAAGAAGAAACAUGGCCGUAUGGUUCAUUGUACGGAGAAUCUCUCCCAAGAUGCUUCGAAGAGUUCAAUCAUCUUUACAACCCAAAAGAGAAAUGUAGUGAUAAGUUGUCCGUAUCUUCAAUCAACGCAACAGAACAUUGUGCACCAGCUAAGUCUCGUUUCAACAUAACAGUCGGACAUUCUUAUCUUAUGUAUGAUGGUAGUAUUCUUAAGGCCGUUUGUGCGACUUCGUCUGGCUUUAUUGGGAAGAAGUUCAUGAAAGUUGAACAUAUCGAGGAACAACUCAAAUCCGGAAAGGUCGAUAUUCGUCUUCGUCCCGCAGAUUAUGUGGAGACGGAUGAAUAUGUCGCUAUCAGCCAAUCGGAGGUGGCUGUACAGUGUGUUGUAUCGUGUGUCGGAGAUGGGGAUCAGGAUAUGGAUGGCCUGAAGAAGUUCUUUUUUGGUUGGUUUUACUCGAUGAAGAGCAGCAGUUUGUUACCGUACGCUGUAGGCUCGAAAGUGGAAGUAUACUGGCCGUCCGAUCAAACAUGGUACGAAGGGGUCUUGGAGGAUGCCAAAGACGGGCUUCACCGAGUAGUAUACUCUGAGGAUGACUCUGAGGAGUAUCUCAAUCUUGCUCAAUUUCAAGAGAACGGUCACAUCAAAUGGCCUUGA